AUUAAGGAACUUACUGGGCCAGAACUUUUGAUUCAGCCCGUCUGCAGUCCAAAUCCAUAUCUAUACUCUCGUGAAGGAAGUUGACAGGUUGGGAAAAUUCAUUUCAAACCCUAAAGCUUGAGCCAUGAACGACGAUGAAGAGCCACCACUGAAGAAGAAUAAACUGCCAAUAGAACCAACCUUGAAUCUUUCACUUCCAGAAGAUUUGAUAGUGAGUAUCUUAGCCCGUGUCUCAAGAUUUUCUUAUCGAAAUCUCUCCUUAGUCUGCAAGCGCUUCCACUGGCUCCUUACUUCAGGGGAGCUUCACCGGAUCCGGUCACUAUCAGGUUGUACCGAGAAUUGUCUCUAUGUGUGCUUACGUUUCUCUCAUAAUGACCAUAUCCCUCGCUGGUUCAUGCUUCGUCGGAGACCUAAUGAAACCCUAACCAAUGACACUAGGAAGAAGAAGAAGAAGAAUAAGUCAAGUGGGUAUGUUUUGGAAACAAUCCCAUUUCCCCAUCCUCCUCCUUCCCACGGUUGGGGUCUCGUGGCGGUUGGUUCUAAUAUCUACAACAUUGGCGGAUCCAUCUACGGUUGUCGCUCAAAUAGUGUCUCAAUCCUAGACUGCUGGUCUAACACGUGGCUCAAAGCUCCAAGCAUGCAGGUAGAUCGGUGUCGCCCAUCAGCCAAUUUCCUUGAUGGAAAGAUAUACGUAACAGGAGGCCAUGCCAGUUACAAAAAUGCAUCACACUAUAUGGAGGUUUUCGAUCUGAAAACCAAAACUUGGGAGCCUGUGUUGAGCAGUUCAGGCAGAAUGACGUUAUAUAAAACUAAGAACGUAGUUGUUGAUGGAAAUCUAUACGUUGUUGGGAAUAAGGGUGUUGUUUACAACCCCAAGGAUGAUACAUGGGAUAGUUUAGGACCGGAGAUGAAUUUAGGUUCGAAAUGGUUUUCUUCUUGUGUGAUAGAGAACGUGCUUUACUAUUAUUAUUACGAAGAAGGUAUCAAAUGGUAUGACACUAAGGCAAGAUCCUGGAGAAGUUUGUUAAAUGGUAUGAGAAAACUGCCUAAGUUUGCUCGUCAUGCCAAUGUUAGGUUGGCGGAUUAUGGUGGGAAAAUGGCACUUUUUUGGGACAAGUUUGUGGCUUCUGGUGGUGGUCGUGGCUAUGAGAAUAGGAUGAUUUGGUGUGCGAUGAUUGCACUUGAAAGAAGUUAUAGAGGAGAGAUUUGGGGGAAGGUGGAGUGGUUUGAUGCAGUGCUUCCAAAUCCAAUUCCUAAGGAAUAUGAUUUUGAGUAUGUCGGUUGUGUCAACGUUUGAUGAAUGGCAUAUAUAAGAGACACAUUUGAAUGUGAUGAAUCUUUAGUGUGAUUCAUGUGGGUCUUCAGGGCCGGCGCAGACGGCAAGCCACCGAAGCCACCGAUUAGGGCCUCAAAAUUUGAGGGCCUUUUUACCUAAAAAUUUGUUAAGUUUUCUUAUAUACAAUAAUUUUUGUAGGGCCUUUUAAAAAUAUUGUUGGCUUUU